AUGGCUACCGUGUCCCCUCGGAAAGGAAGCGCCUUGUUGCUGACUCUGGAGCCUCACUAUAUCCCGGGAUAUGCUGGUUAUUGUCCUCAGUAUAAAUACAAUAUUGGACAACGCUACAGCAAGUUGACCUCUAAACUGCACUCAGAUCCUACAAUAGCACAUUCCCGACAAUUACUUCUUCAGCCAAAUCAGGAUCAAGACACUAUCAAUGACGUGAGUGCUGAGCAACAUCAAAGUCUACUUCAGAGUCGCAAGGUGAUCAGGAAAGGCGAGAAACCGACUGACUUAAUGGUUUCUGGAUACACUGGCUUUAUUCCCAGAAAGAAAAGCUAUUUUUCAAAAACCUACAGAGAAACCUGUGCUGAUGCUUUUGCAGAUUUUGAGAGAGAACAGUUUAGGAUUGCUGCGAAAAAACAGGAGAUGGAAUUAAUAAAUGCAUUACAGACUGGGAGAACUAGAGCACAGACAGAGCAAGAGAAAAAACUUUUAACAGUCAAUUACAGGACCCCUCUUAAAGCAAUUACGAACAAUCCUAUUCCUUGGAAAUUCAAUAAUUCUUACAAAGCACUGACCUCUCCAUACUUAAUGCAAAAUAAAGACCCAGAUAAACAUUUUAUUUCAGGGUACACAGGGUAUGUACCUCGAGCUCAAUUUCUGCUUGGAGCCAGCUAUCCUACCCUGACUAAUUGUGCGUUGAUUGAAUUUGAUCAAAUGCUUAAUAAGACAAAAUCCGCAUCAAUUCCAACUGAGAACUCAGUGAAAGAGAAUGAAACUUUACCCAGGAUUAGUCACAUUUAUCCUUCAGAAAUGGGCAUGUUGCCUCAAUAUACAGGCUAUAUACCAGGAUACAAAUACCAGAUUGGCCACACUUUUGGACAUCUUACUCAGAAUGCAUUAGGAAUGAGCACCAUCCAGAAACAAGUCUUGGAUUGA